AUGGGCUCCGUGACCAAGGACGGCGUGUUGAUCCGUGGACAAAAUCCAUUGACAGGAUCCUGGUUGGGUAAUUUGCUGUCGAUGGCUGCGGCGGAAAGCACGCUAUGCGUCCUGAGCAGCCAGAUGAUCCUGGACGUCUACGACUUGAAAACGAAGCAAUGCCGGCAGCUGCCAUUGGCAGCGAAUGGGCAUCGCGCCUUGCAUGGUGUCACUGCAAACAACACUGCCAUGGUGGCGUUACCAGGUGAAGGUUGCCUCUGUGCCUAUGAUGCCCGGCAGGGAUCCCUGCUGCGCAUCUGGCCGCGCUCUGGGGAGGCAGAAGCCUUUCAGCUGACUCUGGCAUCCCAUGGGGCGGUGAAGCUACAGCCGUGGCAUGGCGAGUUGUUGAUCUAUGCCGAAGGAGGGCAGGAGCUGGUUGUGGCAGACAUGGAAGGAGCGGCAGCCAGACUUGAAGUGCAUCUGACUGGUGGCCUGCGGAGCGUGGACGUCUUGAGCGACUGCAGGUUGAUGUUGAGCUCUUCGACUGAGCGCUUGGAGCUCACUUGGCCAGGCAACUCGACUGGACGCAUGGAUGUCAAGGUCGUCUCGGUGACCUUGGACGUUGAUCCACAUUUUGUUUCACAUCCACUACCCGCAAGUCAGCUGCAGCUGCCAGAUCAUUUGCAGUCCUCCAUGGGCGGGCACAGCCACGGCCACGUCAUGUCCGAUGGAUCCAUCGGCUCCAGCGGGCGCCAUGGACUGCUCAGUCUGGGUUUGGAUCUGGGCAUGGCCUCAACGCCCAUCUGGGAAUAUCCACGGCGCGAGGCGCUGCUGGCAUAUCUGCGGUCACAGAUGGAGGCGGAGGAUUUCGCGCUGGAGGUGGAUGUGGCCUUGGUUUCUUGUUGGCACUCAGCGUCCAACAGCUUGAUCUCUGUCUUCUCCCCUGUGGGCGACUCCCCAUUGCGUGCCAGGUAUGGCAUGCUCUACCUGGAAGCCCUGAACGUCUCCAGCUCCAUGCUGCGGCGUGUGCUGCUGGGAAAGGUCCCAGGCUUGGGGUCCCAAUCGCAGGCUCAGCCAGGGCCAGGGACUGAUAGUUCCUUAGCAGAUCAAGGGCUCCUGCUCACCAGACGCAAGGUUCCUGACAGGGUGCAGCAUGUGGAGAUGCCUCAGUGCCUGGCUGUCUGCGAGUUGGAGGAUGGACGCCUGGCCCUGCUCUUCGCGGAUUCACACGUGCGCAUCCUGGAGUUGCGCGCAGACUCCUUGGCUUUGCAAGAGGCUCUCUACAGUAGCAUGUUGGGUCGCCCUGGGAAGGAAGAUCCAGAAAUGGUGGAGGAAAACUUGGAGUUUGACGAGCUGGAAGAGGGAGAAGAUGACUUGGAGGACUUUGAGGAUGACGGUCAAGAUGAUGAUUCUACCAACGAUGGUGCUGGAGCUUCGGGCGGCCGCGGCUCCGGCCGCCGCGGCAAGGGCGGCCGUGGCGGCCGCGGUCGCAAGGGCCAAGGGGGCCGCGGCAGCGGCAAGGGCAGUGGGAAAUCAGAUGCAAAGCGAGCGGAAGCAGAGAAGGUGAUCAAAGAGGCGAGAGAACGAGCAGCAGAAGUGAGAAAGAUCCAGAAGAUGAAGUUGGAACUGAAGGACUUCGAUCAUGCCAAGUAUGACGAACUCUUCAAAGUGGUGGAGAAAGAGAUCAUGCAACUACGAGUUAUUCUCCAAUCCAUUGAAGCCAGGGAACGAGAACGAACUUGGCUACGUGGGAAGGUGCUGGGAGAGUUUGAUGACAACAAGAUCGUGGAUUUGGCCAUUGGCGAGAAGAACGUCUUCAAACGUCGUGGCCAACGCGAAGACCACAGUUUCCUCCAAGCCCUGCCCAAGCGCUUGUCCUUCGUGGUGGACGUGAGCGGUUCCAUGGCCGUCUUUAACGGCGACGGCCGGUUGGAUCGGCUUAUGGCCACGAUGGUGAUGAUGAUGGAAAGCUUGGUGGGCUUGGAGCACAAGUACAUCUACGAGAUCAUCGGCCACAGCGGGGAAAGUGACUGGUUGCCCUUCGUCAAAAUGGGCGAGGCGCCCAAGGAUCGCGUGGAGCGUUAUGCCGUGAUCGAGGCCAUGACUGACCAUGCGGCCACAGCCAGAAGUGGGGACAACACGCUGUCUGCUGGGGUCAAGGCUGUUCAGGAGAUAGUGAAACAUGAAGCGGAUGACUUCUUUGUUUUCCUGGUCUCUGACGCCAACCUGCGAGGAUAUGGCAUCUCUCCACAAGAUUUGGCUAUGGCACUGACCGGUGAGGAGCGCGUGAACGCUCACGCGAUUUUCAUCGCGGAGCCGGAGGUGGCUGAAGAGAUGACGCAGUGCAUGCCGGCAGGGCAUGCGCACCUGGUGAUGGAUACCGCUGGAAUGCCCCUGCUCCUCAAGAAUAUCUUCGCCCGAGCCGUGCUGGAAGACGAAGACCAAACAGCUUUCAGACGCUCCCAGGCGGAAGACGUUGUGGCCUGUUGUGGCAGCCUGGGCAUUGCUGAGUUGCUGGAAGAUAUUGAGAUCAAAUUGAUGCCUCAGCCUCAAUUUGUCAAGCUGCCAGCUGGCGCUACGACUGAAGACGAUCGCUAUUGGUCAGGCAGCGCAGAUGGGAUGUUUCCUUGGGUUGCCGCUCAUCCCCGUGCAACUGGCGAUUCUCCUGGGACUGGUGGUGCCACCACUUUGGAUUCCCCAAAAAUGGAGUGUGCUUUUUCUGCAUAUGGACCUGAUCCCUUGCAAAAACUGGCGUUAGCCAGAGUUCCUAGAGCCAUUCUUAGUUCGAAACUCUUCAAACCCGACAAGGACUUCGGGCCCAAGAGGGCAAAGCGAUAUCUGAGGUUCUACAAUGCGAAGAUUUGGCAAGAAGGGAAAAAAGGCCCUCCGCCCAUCUUCGCAUCCAUUGGAGUGCGACAUCCCAACCAGAUCCAGUUGGAUAUCGCCCUGAGGGACCAGGCGACAUUGCAAGACCUCUUUGACUUGGUCGAACAGGAGAUUGAACACUUCGAUGCUGGCAACACCAUCAUUGCCGUCGCUCAGAUCCCGAAGGUGUCGCAGGAUCAAAGUUUGGAGCUCUUCCGGGAGAAUCGUGCCUGGCAAGGCUUGCAACGUCGCAUGCACAGCUCGGUGGCACGCUUGGAAUCUCGAGGGCUAUCGAUGUUGGCCUAUGCCUUGGCACGGAUCAGAGACUUUGAGGAUCCUGUGCUGUUGAAGGCUGUCCUGGACAGAUCAGUGGCACGGUCCCCAGAUCUCUGCAUCGCGGUGAAAAUGGAGGACUUUGGCCCAACGGAUGCUGCAAAGUUAGCUUGGGUUCUGGCCAAGUUGCAGAUCAGAGACCGCGGCGAUCUUUGGGCGGCGCUUUCCAAGGAAGCCGCACGGAAGAUUUGCGACUCUGGACGCUUCAUUGACAUUUCGAUGACAGCUUGGGCCUUUGCCAAAGCUGGCCAAGCAGAACGGGUUCUCUUUGGACAGUUGGCUUCAGCUGCCCUGGACUGCAGUGACCUCCCACCGCAUACGAUUGCAAAUCUGUGCUGGGCCUUCGCCAAGUCCAAAAACAAGCACCCGCAGCUCUUCGAUAUGUUGGCGAAACGCUCCAUCGAAGGCCACCGAUCCUUUGAUCGACAAAGUGUCUCCAACCUGGUCUGGGCUUACGCGACCUUGGAUGUGUGUCACGAAGAGCUCUUUGCCGUCUUCGCGAACUACACGAUCGAGAGCGGGCUCUGGAGAAACUUCUCCCCGCAGAUGGCAUCCAACAUGCUUUGGGCCUAUGGCAAGGUUGGGAUAGCACACAUGCGGCUCUUUGAUACCUUUGCAGAAUACAUCGCGCUGAAUAUCGGAUCCUUUGACAACCAGAAUAUCGCCAACUCUGCCUGGGCUUAUGCCACGACUCAACUUCCCAGCCAGUCGGUCUUCGACACGCUGACGCGUCGAGCCUGUGGGCGCUUGAAUACCUUCCGCUUGGAUGAGCUGUGCGGCAUCAUGUGGGCCUAUGUGCGAGCAAAGCCUGAGACCGUGGCGUUCAGCCAGAUCUUUGAAGAGUCGGUGCAGUUGCUGGUGCCACGCGUUGCUACCCUGGAUGCUCAAUCUGUGGCCAAUGUGAUCUGGGUGCUGGCCACCUGCCAGCAGCUGCGAAGAGAAGCGGUGCCAGGCAGCCGUGAACUGGUGGACAACUUGAUGAUCGCGCUCCUGGAUCUUCGCGUGCGACUUGAUUCGGAAGGUGCUGCUCAAGUGGUCUGGUCUCUUUGGCGCAUGGGCCGCUUUCACGAUGCUUGGGUCCUAUUUGUGCGCACCUUGAGUGACGGCCGUCAUCCGGAGCACGGCAAGACAGGCUACACCAAGAAACACGCCGUGGACGGACGGCAGCGCUACUACCAGACCCUGCUGAUGGAAACGGAGAAGCGCGGGGAUGUGCAGAAGCAGGUCUUCCUUUGGAAGCAGAUGGCCGCGGAUUUCUUCUCCCGCAACCUGCGCACGGCGUGCCUGAAUUGUGCUGUGAUGGCCUACCUGAAUGCAGGGGAUCAAAGCGGUGCUAUGGAGAUGCUUCGACAGAUGGUGCGUACCAAGCUCUUCAACAAGGUCACAGGCUCUUUAGCGGCUCGUUUGGGCAUCAAAGACUUAGAGGUGCAGCUUUCGCGGGAGGGCCAUGACUGGGCGUACUCGGGAGAUUAUGUGGUGCUUCGAGGCUCCGACUCCGAUUUUUGCUACGCAGCGGUCAAUCCUCCGCUGGAGGACGGGGAAAACGACUGCGGCGUCGAGGAAGGCAAAGUGCUGGUCGCCCCCAAGGUGUUUGAUCUCCUCGGAGGUGGCCUUGUUCACAUCGAAAUGAAAGAGCUGGAAGAGGCCGGCUCUGUUCGACUCAGUGGGAUAAGAGACGAGGAGAUGCUACAGCAGCUCCAGAGCUUCUUCGGCACCCUGGCAGGGCAAAGCGAUCGCACCCUGCAAGACGUGGCAGACGAAGAGGACCUCGAUGUGGAUGAAGAGGUGUUGGAAUAUUGGCAAGGCUACGUGCAGAAAAGCCGCUGUGCCAUGAAGCUCGGCUUUAGGCUCUGCCGAGAAGGAACUUGGAAGAAUAGCCACCUCUUCUGCAGUGAUGGUAAGCGCAUGUAAGCGCUAUGUCUUUUUUUUCCCCCUAGGCCACGCGGAUAUGAGGGAAACUGGUGUGACUCUUUGGAUGAUUUGGUGGUUGGCUUUCAUAUUUUCACAGGAGUUGGGUCGCCCCUAUAGCAACUCACCCACCUCAGGACCCCAGUCUGGACCGGAUUAAGUUUUGGAAUGCCAUCUGAGGC